AUGGAUGUUAAAAAGACUUGUUGUUGUGGAGAUGAUUGUCAUUGCUGCAACUGUUGCAAUCCUACUGCUUUGGCUCAAAAAGAAGUAUGUCCAUGCUGCAGACAAAAGAAAGCUUGUGGAACUGAAAGCAUGAGCUGUUGUGAUAAGGCUCUCGGGGCAAAAUCCUGCUCCUGUGGAGAGAGUUGUAAGUGCUGCACUGACGGUUCCUGUAAAAGUAAAGGUGCCUGCUCCUGUGGAGAGAGUUGUAAGUGCUGCGCUGAUGGAUCCUGUAAAAGCACGAAAGCUUGUUCCUGUGGAGAAUCCUGCAACUGCUGCGCUGACGGAUCCUGUAAAAGCAAGGAAGCUUGCGCCUGUGGCGAAGCCUGCGCAUGCUGCACCGAUGGUUCAUGUAAAAGUAAAGGUGCAUGCUCCUGUGGAGAUGCCUGCAACUGCUGCUCUGACGGUUCUUGUAAAAGCAAAGGAGCUUGUUCCUGUGGAGAUGCCUGCAACUGUUGCGCUGACGGAUCCUGUCAAAGCAAGGGAGCUUGCUCUUGUGGAGAUGCCUGCAAAUGUUGUGCUGAUGGAAGAUGCAAAACGAUGAGAAGCUGCUCAUGUGGAAAGAGUUGCACCUGCUGCGCCGAUGAUGCCUGUAAAAGUCAAGGGACCUGCUCCUGUGGAGAAAUUUGCACUUGCUGUGCCGACGGUUCCUGCAAAAGCAAAGGAGGGUGCUCCUGUGGAGAAAGUUGCAAAUGCUGUGCUGACGGAACUUGCAAGUCCGGAAAAUGCUCUUGUGGGGAAAGUUGCAAAUGUUGCGCCAAUGGAUCUUGCAAAAGCAAAGGUGGUUGCUCAUGUGGGGAAAAUUGCAGAUGCUGUACUGACGGAACUUGCAAGGCAGCAGGAAGUUGCUCAUGCGGAAAAGAUUGCAAAUGUUGUGCUGAUGGAUCCUGCCAAAGCAAAGAUGGCUGCUCAUGUGGAAAAGAUUGCAAGUGUUGUGCUGAUGGAUCCUGCCAAAGCAAAGAUGGCUGCUCCUGUGGAGAAAGCUGCAAAUGCUGUUCUGACAAAACUUGCAAGGCUGUAGGAAGUUGCUCAUGUGGAAAAGAUUGCAAGUGUUGUGCUGACGGAUCCUGCAAAAACAAAAAUGGCUGCUCCUGUGGAGAAAGCUGUAAAUGCUGUUCUGAUGGAACUUGCAAGGCUGUGGGAAGUUGUUCAUGUGGAAAAGAUUGCAACUGCUGUGCUGAUGGAGCCUGCCAAAGCAAAGAUGGCUGCUCCUGCGGAGAAAGUUGCAAAUGCUGUUCUGAUGGAACUUGCAAGGCUGUAGGAAGUUGCUCAUGUGGAAAAGAUUGCAAGUGUUGUGCUGAUGGAUCCUGCAAAAACAAAGAUGGCUGCUCAUGUGGAAAAGAUUGCAAGUGUUGUGCUGAUGGAUCCUGCAAAAACAAAGAUGGCUGCUCAUGUGGAAAAGAUUGCAAGUGUUGUGCUGAUAGAUCCUGCCAAAGUAAAGAUGGCUGCUCCUGCGGAGAAAGCUGCAAAUGCUGUUCUAAUGGAACUUGCAAGGCUGUAGGAAGUUGCUCAUGUGGAAAAGAUUGCAAGUGUUGUGCUGACGGAUCCUGUCAAAGCAAAGAUAGCUGCUCCUGCGGGGAAAGCUGCAAAUGCUGUUCUGAUGGAACUUGCAAGGCAGUGGGAAGUUGCUCAUGUGGAAAAGAUUGCAAGUGUUGUGCUGAUGGAUCCUGCCAUAGCAAAGAUGGCUGUUCCUGCGGAGAAAGCUGCAAAUGCUGUUCCGAGGGAACUUGUACGGCUGCAGGAAGUUGCUCGUGUGGUAAAGAUUGCAAGUGUGGUGCUGAUAGAUCCUGCAAAGGCAAAUGUGGCUGCUAAUGUGCUGAAAAUGAUAGAUGUUGUGAUGUUGGAAAGUUGCAAGGAAAACCAGAAGUUGCUCUUGCUGAGGCAACUAUAAAUGUUGUUAAUGAACCCUGAAAAAAUUUUUGUUCAUGUAGAAAGGACUGUGAACAAGGAUCCUGUAAAUGAGGUUGUUUACAAUAAGUAAUAUGCAAGUGUACAGCAUAUAAGUUUUUUAAGUAAUUGUGCUCUUUUUGGGUAUGCUGCACAAAAAAAUAAUGCAACAAAUAUACUUAGUUCUUUCGAAACUGAAUGAAGAAAUUUAUUUGUGCUCGUGUUUUAAAGCUAAUGCGUUAAAAGUUAAUGUCUAUUUAAACUUGAUUUUAUUUAUCAAUAAUUUAUUUCUCUUUGUUACUGUUUCUUGUGGAUCAUUGUUCAAAAACUUUAUUUCUUAACAAAUGAACUUUGUUUCUUUCGAUCAAAAGUUAAUUAUGGAUACUUAGUUGAAUGCUUUCCAAGUAGCAAUUGUUUUUGUGUGUUCUACUUUCAUGUAUACUAAGUGUUAUAUUUUUAAAUGUAUUUUUCUAAAAUAAAGGUUUUGAGUAGA